ACUAUCGCUUCAGCUUCAUCAUCUGCAACUGCAAGUGCCCCCAAAUCUCCAUCUCUCCACCCAUGGACUCCACUCACCUCCGUCCCCUCCUCUUCCUCCUCCUCUCCGCCGCCGUCGCCGCGACCUUCGUCUCCGCCACCGACCACAUUGUCGGCGCCAACCACGGCUGGAACCCCAACAUCAACUACACUCCGUGGGCCAACAACCAGACCUUCUACGUCGGCGAUCUCAUCUCCUUUAGGUACCAGAAGCAGAUGUACAACGUUUUCGAGGUGAACCGGACCGGCUACGACAACUGCACCAUGGACGGCCUCGCCGGAAACUGGAGCUCCGGCAAGGACUUCAUCCCUCUCAACGAGGCCAAGGUCUACUACUUUAUCUGCGGAAACGGGUACUGUCUCGGCGGCAUGAAGGUCUCCGUCACUGUUCACCCCCUCAACGCCUCCUCUCCCUCUUCCUCCGCCUCAGCCGCCGCGCUCAACGCCACCGACGCCUCUCACACCCACGGAUCCGCCGCCCCGCGGCUCUGCACCUGGCCUCCUGCCGCUGCGACGCUCCUUACCCUGGCGGCCGCGGCUUGGUUAGGGAUCUGAUCCAAGUCGACCACCCUUGAACUUGAUCCAGAUCCGAUCUCCAUCUUCGUGUGUAAGUUCGCUGGAACAUUUCUUGAUAGUAAUAAUUUAAUUUUAUUAGAACAUGGAUUGUGAUGCAGAGGAAUUUUUUAAUAGUCGAUCGAAUUUGAUCUGGAGUUCAAAAUGAAGAAAAUUCUCCGUUGUUUU